AUGGAUGCCUUUAGGUCACUUGAGAACUGCCACGACCUUCGACAGCUGGCAACGAACCUGCUUGGAGCAAUCACGGAGUAUACGCUCCGUGGCAACAUGGGCCAAGCACAGGAGGCUUCCCUCCAGUCCAGGAUUCUCAACCUGACAGGAAACAUUCGCAACCUUGUGGCACAGCCCCAGGACCAGUGGCUGUUGCACAUCGUCCAAAGCAACGAGAUGGCUGCCAUCAAGCUCUUCGUUCACUGGCACGUCUUUGAACACAUUCCAAUCGAACAAUCCAUAUCCUACGCACAGCUGAGCGACAAGGCGAGCGUCGAUCUUUCUCUUCUCAUGCGGGUCUCACGUAUGCUCAUUUCCACCGGUGUCCUGGGAGAAGCCGGGCCUGAUCGAGUUGCGCACACUGCAAAGUCCAAGAUCUUCCUUCACGGUAACCCAUACGGGGACUUGGACCAAGUCGUGAUGGAGUACGGAUUGUCUGGUUGCGACAUGAUCCGGUACUUUGAAAGCAACGGGCGAAACGAGCCGGACGGCCUCAGCCCUAGCCCAUUUACCUUCACGAAGGGGAUGCAGGGAAGUGACAUGUGGGGCAUUUACAAUGAUCAGGGCAAAAAGGAGGAGUUCAUGCGGGCAAUGACGGCGUUAGACCGCUUGGCGCCGAUCAUCGGCGUGUAUGACUUCUCGUGGAUUGCCGAAGCAUCGGCCAAGGCCGACAACGACAGAGUACUGUUGGUCGAUGUCGGUGGUGGCAGCGGUCAUGCGGUUCAGGCCAUCUGCGGGAGCAUUGGUCUGCCGUUGGAGCGUUGUGUGCUGCAGGACAAAGAGCCUGUCAUUUCGAGGGUCGAAGGAGUGGGUAAUCUACCGGGAUUGAAACUAAUGUCUAUCGACAUGCACAAGGAGCAGCCGGUCCAAGGGGCCCUGGUUUACUACAUUCGCCAUUGUCUUCAUGACUAUAACGACCACAUUGCCCGAGGUAUCCUACAGCAUAUCUCCAAGGCCAUGGCGGCAGAUAGUACCCUGCUGAUAGCCGAACACGUCGUCGAGUGGCCUCCGAAGCCCGAGUCUACUGCCAUGGACAUGCUCAUGCUAGCUGUCGGUGGGAAGGAGCGGACCGCGAUGGAGUGGGCUCAUCUUCUGCGAAGUGGGGGGCUGACGCUGGAACGCAUCCAUCGGAACCCCACCUCAUCACAUUGUAUCAUUCAGUGCAGCAAGGCCACAAUUGUGGCUGGUCAGGACCAGUUGGCAAUUGAAGCUUAG